AUGACAGUUUUUUCAAGUGCAUUUCUAAAGUCCCGUCUUCGAAAGGGAGGCCGCUUCAGUCUUAAACAGCCUGUGCCCUCGAUCGGUGACAUCAACAGCACUCGAGAAGAGGUCAAGGAGUUUUAUGAAAGUUGGAGGAGCUUUGAAUGGAAGGAUAAGGAUGCAAAUGAAGGCUCAGACUCACCAAUGGAAAAGCGUCACAUCAAAAACAAAAACCGAUCGGAGCGUGAAAGCCGCAAGAAAGAAGAUAACACGCAACAAAGGAAUAUUGUGGAGACCGCGUAUGAAGCGAUUUAA